CACUGGCAGACACACAUAUAUCCGCAGGUCCAUUAUUUCUCUUCAGCUAGUUUCUCACGCAGUGUCGAGAGGAGCAGGAGUCCAACAGAAACGCGCAACUGGAGUGAUGUAGCUUCGUUCACCAUCCCUAUAAUACCGUUAUUCAACUUCAGCUGAAUUUAAAAAAUAGUUUUAGGAAAACAAGACGUGGAAAUAGCAGGAUAUUUUACUUCAAAUUACUAAACGACGCCUUCAUAAGGACUUAAAGAUGGCCUCCGCUGGACUUGAGAUUUUGGGUUUGGGGUUAUGCGUGAUUGGCAGUCUCCUGGAGAUGGUGGCCUGCGGGCUACCCAUGUGGAAGGUGACGGCGUUCAUCGAAGCCAACAUCGUAGUAGCACAGACCAUCUGGGACGGGCUGUGGAUGUCUUGUGCAGUGCAGAGCACCGGACAGAUGCAGUGCAAGGUGCACGACUCAAUGCUUGCGCUCGGCCACGACCUGCAGGCUGCCAGGGCUCUCACAGUUAUCUCGGGUAUGAUGGGUGUCAUCGGGCUCAUGGUGGUGAUAGCGGGCGCCCAGUGCACCAACUGCAUCCGCGCGGAGAACGUGAAGGCGCGCGUGGUGAACGUCGGGGGGAUCAUCUACAUUGUGAGCGGCAUUUUCGUACUCGUGCCCCUGUGUUGGAUGGCCAAUAACAUCAUCUCGGAUUUCUACAACCCACAGGUGCCCACGGCCAAGAAGCGCGAGAUUGGCGCUGCGCUCUACAUCGGAUGGGCGGCUACGGCGCUCCUGCUUGUCGGCGGUGCCAUACUUUGUUGUUCAUGUCCAUCCUCGGGAAACUCCGGCUACUCUGUCCAAUACGCUCCCACGACGAAACGGGCCACAGCAAACGGGGACUAUGACAAGAGGAAUUAUGUGUGAGCUCCUGCUUUUCACUGUCAGUAUCAACACAACUGAUCCAGUGGAUAGCUCAUUUUUUGUCUUUGUUGUUUUUGUUGAUGCUGUUUCUUUUGUAAGAUGAUAAAAAGAUUUGCACCUACCUUUUUCUCAUUCAGUCAGAACUGAAACAUGAGAAAACACUAUUUUCUAUGCUACUGCACACGGAGAAGUUAAUAAAUGGGCACAUCGUCUGCCCACUGUCUCAGAAACAUUUUACGCGUCAUGGUUCACGGAGGAAUAAAGGACAUAAAACAGGAAUUAGUUUAUUUAGGUACAUUCACUUGCAAGUCCACCAUAUUAUAUAGAAUAGCUAGUUUUAAAGCCGAUGUGAUUCUAAUGUUUACUUUUAAGUGUUUGUUUUCUAUAUUUUCUUGGAUGGCUGGUGGAUUAUGUAUCCUAUCGUUUUUAAUUGAUGUUGUGUUCUUCUCAAAGGGCUCAUCAGUGAUUUGUUCAAUAAUCUGCCGUCACAUACAGGAGUAGCCUAAUGGAGAUGUUACCGUUUUUUUUUUUUU